CAGCGUCCUGCUGUGCGGAUCUAUACGGGCACUGUCCUCCCUGACACAGGGACAGGGUCGUCCCUCUCAUGGACAGUGGGAUGAACACAUGGAGCCCUCACUGGAGACCUCAUUAGUUCCCUGCGGGAAAGACAAGUAUAUUUCCAAGAAUGAGCUGCUGUCACAUCUGAAAAAUUACAACCUGUAUUAUGAAGGACAGAACCUUCAGCUACGGCACAGAGAGGAGGAGGAGGAGCUGAUUGUGGAAGGAUUGCUUAACAUCUUUUGGGGCUUAAGGCGCCCUAUCCGGCUUCAGAUGCAGGAUGACAACGAGAGAAUUCGCCCACCUCCUUCCUCUACAUCCUGGCAUUCAGGGUGCAACCUACUAACUCAACGGCCUGUGGCUAAACCCGCCACCAUCCCUGACAUACAGAUCACAGAAGCUGAAGAUAAUCCCACCAUUACGGAUGAGGAGGAAUCAAAAACCACUGAAGAGGACACCCCGCAGCUGAUGCGUACCAGGAGUGACGCUGGCGUGCGGAGAAGGGGGACCCAGCGUACACCAGGGGAGCAGAGACGCCUUAAACGCCAUCGCUUCUCCAUUAAUGGGCACUUCUACAACCACAAGACAUCAGUAUUUACGCCAACGUAUGGCUCCGUCACCAACGUACGGAUAAACAGCACAAUGUCCACUCCCCAGGUCCUGAAAUUGCUUCUCAACAAGUUUAAGAUUGAGAAUCCGGCCUCAGAGUUUUCUCUGUACAUGGUGCACACCAGCGGAGAGAAGAGAAAGCUGAAGGAAACUGAUUAUCCUCUAAUCGCACGGAUUCUGCAUGGGCCUUGUGAGCAGGUGUCUAAGGUUUUCCUUAUGGAGAAGGACCAGGUGGAAGAAGUCACUUAUGAUGUGGCCCAGUACAUCAAAUUUGAAAUGCCUGUUCUGAGCAGUUUCAUCGAGAAACUCAAGGAGGAAGAGGAUAGAGAGGUCGACAAACUAAUGAGGAGGUACACCUCCUUGCGAAUGUUAAUUCAGGACCGUUUACAAGACCUGGCAAGAUGUCAUGCCACCAUGUAGGCUCUCAAUGAGUCUUUCCUGUUUCCAGAAGCAUUUCCCUUCUUGUGGGACUGGGGUCUGGUUGGGGGGGGGGGUUGCAACUUUUUAUUGGAUCACAUAUUGCAAAACCCCCUUUUCUGCAGGAUGGUAUGGCUUUAUUGCAGCACAUCCAAUUCAAAAUAAUGCUUCUUGGCACCAUAACAAUAGGUCAUCGUUUUGCUUCUUAAUACUGUAUUGAAUUUAGUACCUGUUGCAAUGUGUUCCUGUUACAUUCUGAUAGCAGCUUCCAGCUUUAGUUGGACUUUUAGCGCACUAGGUGCCUACAAGUCAAUAAAUGCACUAACAUCACCCUUUUCUUCAUCCCAAUAGGGAACGUGUGCUUUUCCUGAUAUUUUGUUUAAAGGGCAUGUAAAGGCAAAAAAAAUAAAAUCCCAUUUUUACUUUCUUUAAUGAAAAAGAAACCUAUCUCCAAUAUACUUUAAUUAAAAAAUGUGUACCAUUUUUAUAAGAAACCUGACUGUAUGCAGUGAAAUUCUCCCUUCAUUUACUGCUGUGGAUAGGAAUUGUCAGAUGGUCCCUAACUGCUGAGCAGGGAAACAAUCAUACUUAUGAACAGCAGGGGGAGCCCCCACCUUACUUCCCAGCCAUGCAGAACUUGUUUAUGACGAUCCCUAAGCAGCCCAGACCACACUGAGCAUGUGCACAGUCUUAGUCUUGCAAAGAUGUUAACAAAGUUACAAGAUGGUGACCCCCUGUAGCCAACUUUGAAAGCAUAAAUUAUUUGUUUGAUUAGGCUUGUGGUGCAGUAAGUUCAUGUUUAUAUUUAGUGUACAAAAUACAGCAUUUCUGGCUUUAUUCUAUUUUAGACUUUACAUGCCCUUUAAAGAUGAUCUGAGCAAGGCAGCUCAUGGAUAUAGUCACCAGUAGGAAGUUAUCUAGCAAACAGGCAGUAUUUAGGUAAAGAAGCAGAUGCCUUAUAGAGGAGCCCCAGGGAAGUAGGUGCCAUUUUGGCUUAAAAAGCAGCAAUUUUGCAAAGAAUCAUGACUGUAGCAGAAGAUUAUGGGCAAUUGAAAAAGGUACAAGUUUGGAGGAUUUGCUUCAUCUGCAAGAGGUGCAAGUGCAAAGCACAAGGAAUUGGAAGAUUCCACAGCACAAUUUAUAAGCUUUUUUUGAAUGUCCAGUAUCUUUACAGCAGGGAAUACUGAAUGAUUGACAUUUAACAGGGUCCCACUAGCUUGCAUUGCUAAUGGAUUAGAAGGGAAUUAACCUAAGAACAUGAACUGUUCCUUGGCAUUGUUACAGGGACAGGGCCCAGCACAGCAAUACUUACGGCAUAGGAGUCUAUUUUGUACCUUUUUGCUUUUUUUUUUUUCAUUUUUAACAUGAGCUUCUGAUCUCUGUGUAAAGUUUUGUCUUUUCUAUCUUAACAGAAAAUGUGAAUUUUACAGUGAAAAUGCUGAAUUUAUGGCACAUCAUUCUCAAUAAAGCACUUUGCAGAA